AUGGCACUGUUUUCUCAAACUAGUCAACAGGGGUUUCAGGCUUUGCUAUGGAAAUGUCGCAUAUUUUGGCCUCUUCCAAGGUGCCAGCAACUGUUCCCUGUCUCUUUCAGCAUGCCCAGCAGGGAAAAGGUUGGCUGUUUAAGUUUUAUGACAUCUUCCAGCACUGCAUUACCAGUAGAGCCUGAAGGAACUGAUGUUUUUCCUACAAAGAAAAGGUGUAAAGUUGAUAAUGAAAAAGGAUGGGGUGAGGAGACUAAAGAAGCACCUGAAGGGAAGUUCCACUUGUCUUCCUCUGCUGGAGCUCCAAAGAAACUGUUGCCGGGUAAAGUUCUGUCAAGGCAUAAAUUUACCAGUGUACAGCCUCCAGAAAAACCUUUGCAGGCUGAGGAAUGGAACAGACUGAAGAAAAGCUUUGAAUCACCUGCAGUGUUUGAAGAAGUGAUGUUUAACAGUAUGGUCAGGUACAACAGCCCCGUUGAUGUGGCCAAGUCCUUGCUGACCCACGUGGCAAAGAGCAAUGGUGACAUUGCAUAUAACUUGUUGGUCAAAUAUCUGGCAUUAUGUGUCCAGCAGGGGCAGACUUCAGAAAUUCGUGAUGUAUAUAACAUAAUGAAAAUGAGAUUUAAGAUUUUAGAAAGUGGCGCUUACAACCUUCUUAUCAGGGGGCUUAGUAAUUCAGAUCAAUGGAGAAUGGCCUUGACUCUUUUGGAAGAAGUAAAAAAGAUUAUGAUUCCCUCACGGACAAACUAUGAAUCCUGUAUCAAAGCAGCCACCCGUCACCAAGAAAUGAAGCUUGCAUUUGAACUUUACCAUGAAAUGUUGGCUAAGGAUUUGGUGCCAACCUUGGAUGUCCUGCAGACCUUUUUUGACUCCUGCAGGGGUAUGAAAGAUGCUGAGUUGCAAAAAGAGCUGUUUGGUAUGCUCUUAUAUUUGAGAGAGAACCAAAUAUACCCUCACAAAACAUUUAUGCGGAGUAUAAAGCUAUGGUUUGAAAGUAUACCAGGAGGGAACUGGAGAGGACACCUGACCAACAUUAAAGACAGUGGACAGUGCCCAGUUUGCAACCAUCAGUUGGAGGAUAGUGACCUCACCGAAGAGGAGUAUGAUAACCUCAGAGAAAGAAUAAUAAGGGAUGUGAUACAUGGAACUGACAUGUUUAGAAAGACAACCCCAGAGGAAUUUGAAGCUUUUCAAACAUUUGUGGAAAAUCGACUUCCAUUUGAUAUUGUUAUUGAUGGACUCAAUGUUUCCCACAUAAAACCCAGAAAGAUGCAGUGUGAAAAUCUAUUUGAUGCUGUCAGCUGCCUGGCAAAAGAGAAUGGCCGGUUGCUUGUGCUGGGCCGCAAACAUAUGCUGAGUAACUCUUCAAACUGGAAAAGAGAGAUUAUGAAGCAGAUGCAGAGUAAGGCAGACUUCUUCUUUGCUGAAAAUAUCUCUGAAGAUGAUGCCUUCCUGUUAUAUGCCACUCUUCAGUCGGGGAAGCAUUGCAGGUUUGUUACUCGAGACUUCCUCCGGGACCACAAGGCUUGUCUCUCCGACAGCCCCACACGUCACCUCUUCCGCAAGUGGCAGCGUGGACACCAAAUAGUGUUUCUCCCUUCUGUAGAAGGAAAGCAGAUAAAUUUUUUGCCUGCUUUGCGUUAUGACUGUGUGGUACAGACUACAGGUGACACGUGGCAUAUCCCCUAUAAAGACAUUUUUGAGGAAAAAUAUUCAUAUCAAGUACCGAGAAAAUGGCUCUGUAUUCAAAAGAAAUGA